AUGGUGGUGAUCGAGCUCGAGCCGGAGCACGAGGGCGAGGAGACGACACGCCCCUCCUCGCCGCCGGAGUUCGUGGAAGCCCCGGACCCGAGGAGGGCGGAGGUGGACGAGGAGGCCUUCGAGGACGCGCUCACCGGCGAGCAGCUGCGGGAGAAAGCUAGAAGCCAAGCAAACGAUGCAAAAGCAGAAGGAAACAAGCAUUUUGCAGCUGGACAGUACGAGGAUGCAUUAUCACAAUAUGAAAUUGCACUGCAAAUUGCUGCUGAACUGGAAUCUUCUGAAGACAUAUCCUCUGCAUGCCAUUCAAAUCGUGCUGUAUGUUUCUUGAAAUUGGGGAAAUAUGAUGAAACAAUUAAGGAGUGCACCAAAGCGCUUGAGCUGAAUCCUUCAUAUUUGAAAGCUCUGCUUCGGAGGGGAGAAGCACAUGAAAAGCUUGAAAACUAUGAUGACGCUAUUGCUGAUAUGAAAAAAAUCAUUGAGCUAGAUCCUUCAAAUCAACAGGCUAAGAAAUCAUUGUUCCGACUUGAGCCACUGGCAGCAGAGAAAAAGGAAAAGAUGAAGGAGGAAAUGAUUGCAAAGCUGAAAGAUCUGGGCAACUCGGUGCUGGGGCGGUUUGGGAUGAGCGUGGACAAUUUCAAAGCUGUCAAGGAUCCAAACACUGGCUCGUACUCCGUUUCUUUCCAGAAGUAG